GAGUAUAAGGACUUUGGAGACAUCUUUAGUCAAGAGAGGAUAGACGCAUUACCGGAACAUACGAAGUAUGAUCAUAGAAUUGAUCUAAUUCCGCGAAGUACUCCUCCUUUUGGACCGAUCUAUCCGAUAUCGGUGAAAGAACGGACAGCGCUCCGUGAAUUCAUAAGUGAAAUGUUACGUACUGGGAAGAUAAAAAGAUCUACUUCCUGGUCCUCGGCGCCCAUACUUUUUGUGCCAAAA